CGAUCCCUUUCAGUUCUGAUUUUCGCUUUCGCUCUCAGUUGCUUUCGCGAAGGACGAAGAUAGAGAAACACAUACGCAUUCUCUCUCUUUCUGGUUCUCUAUCUCUUCCUCCUGCGUCAUAAGCUCUAUCUGUAUUCUCUGUGAUCUGCUCUUUGUUCUUCGAUUCUAUCGAAUUUGGGUUGCAACUGAGGAUCGUAAUUGUCAUUAUUAUGGCUACUGUUAACGGUCAAACUGAAACUGCUCCAGGCAACAUCACACCUUCUAAGCAGCCUCUUCAUGCAGCAAAGAGCGUUGAUUCUCAGUCUGUUCUCAGAAGGUUGCAGUCUGAAUUGAUGGCUUUGAUGAUGAAUGGAGAAAGUGGUAUCUCUGCUUUCCCUGAGGAGGACAACAUAUUCUUCUGGAAAGGAACCAUAACAGGAAGCAAAGAUACUGUGUUCGAAGGAACAGAGUACAAGCUGUCACUUUCCUUCCCAAAUGACUACCCAUUUAAACCUCCUAAAGUCAAGUUUGAGACAACCUGCUUCCAUCCAAAUGUUGAUCUACAUGGCAAUAUAUGCUUGGACAUUCUUCAGGAUAAAUGGUCAUCUGCUUAUGAUGUGAGAACUGUUCUUCUAUCAAUCCAAAGUCUGCUUGGAGAGCCAAACAACAGUUCACCACUAAAUCCACAAGCAGCACAACUUUGGAGCAAUCAAGAAGAAUACAGAAAGAUGGUGGAAAAGUUGUACAAGCCUCCAAGUUCUUAGAUUUGAAGAGAAAGAUGGUCUUUGGAGUUUAUCAACUCUCUAGAAGCCAAGGUCUUGUCCUGUUUGGUUUGAAGAGAAAAGGGAUAAAAGCAUACCUAUUUCUGGAUCUUACAUUCCUUCUUUUCUUGAUUUAAUUCUUUUAGAACAUUUCUCGUUUCUUUCUUUAGUGAUUGAAACGCAUAAAUUGUAUUCUCUUAUUUACUUAGCAUUAUCAUUAUUAAAAAAGAGGAAUCUUUGGCCAUUGUGGCUGAUAUUAUUUC